AUGCAGCAUCAAGAGGACUACGCAUCCAACGCCUCCAAAGAUGAUCAAUACUUUGAGAGCUACGCGGACCUCAGCGUCCACAAGGUGAUGCUUCGUGAUCGUCCGCGCAUGGACUUCUACAAGACCCUCCUCACUGACAGGUCUGUUGUUGAGGGCAAGGUGGUGAUGGAUGUGGGCUCCGGCUCAGGCAUCUUGUCCUGCUGGGCAGCCCAAUCAGGCGCUGCGCACGUACUCUCUCUUGAGGCGUCGUACCUGGCGAAAGUACAACAACACAUUUUUUCCGACAACGGUCUCUCUGACCGCGUCACCGUCAUCGCAUCCAGGGUCGAGGAAGUUGUCGCGGCCGGCGUGGCGGCAUUUCUGAACGAGCACCCGUGUGUUCGCCUCCACGGCGGCGUGGCGCUUGUAGUGUCGGAGUGGAUGGGCUUCUACCUCUUCCACGAAUGCAUGCUGCCCUCAGUGAUACGAGCCCGUGACUUUUGCCGCGACGUGAACGCAGCCCUUCAGUCUUCGCUUGCCGUCUGCAUGCUUCCUUCCAACGGCCGGCUCCUGGCAGCGCCCAUCACACUGAAGCCCUACUACGCAGAGACCUUCGCCCCCUUUUGGGACUCUGUUGGCGGUGUCUCCCUGCGUGCCCUCGGCAAACUCGAGUAUGAGGAGCAUAUUGAGGCGACGUCGCCGUUGGUGGACGUCAUACCGCCGCGUUCUUUACUGCACGACGGUAUGGUCUUCUGGGAAGGCAGCUUUGACACGCUUGCGGUUGACGAGCUCACUAGCAUUGUGGCGGCGCGCACCUUUGACUUCUCGACUUCCGGCACCACCGCUUCCGCGAAGGCUAGUCUCGACGAGACAGGACAGUUCACUGUGGAGGGUUUUACUCUGUGGUUUCAGGUCAGCUACGGCGACGCCAUCCUCGACACUUCCCCACUUGCCCCACCGACGCACUGGAAGCAAACCACGGUUCUCCUGCCUGGUAAGUUCCGCCAUGAGAAGACCGUCUCGUUUCGCCGCCUUGAUGAGCAGUUGGAGCUGACCAUCCGACUGACGGCGGAAGACCUUGCGCAGCGGUGCUACAAGAUCGAGUUCGAGCUCAACUAG